GGUGUAACACUGUUUUAGUCCCCCAACACAGAGAGGAGUCCCACACAGCCUGGAUCAGGACAAACUUCCACACGUAUCGCCUCUCUGACAGUCCCGUAGGACUGCUUAUAACCUGUAACAUAGGGGGGAAUGCGCUCACGUCGUUCGUGAUUUAAAGCGUCACCUUCUGAGGCAGCUGGUUCAGAAACUGCGGGCUGACCGCUUUUCCUACCUUUCUUUAGCUAGCUAGGCUAACCAGCUAGGCUAACCAGCUAGGCUAACCAGCUAGCUAGCUCGUUUAUCAUUGUUGACGUUAAACGUUAAAGCGCCGCCUCUGACAGUAAAGGAGCAGCUCGCAGAUUAAAGUAAACGUCCGCUGAAUGUGAAGGGGCUAGCGGCUUGGAGAACAAAAGGCCAUAUGAAUAAAUACAUUAAGGAGCGUUAGCUGACCGCUGCUGUUCGGGCUAAUGCUAACGAAGGUUUAGCGAAUGAGUGGUCCCACACGCAGGGGGCUCUAACGCGGCGGUACCGUUUGGUUUAGAUUCAGCUACUAAUUCACCGUCGCACCGUUCACGCUCAACAUGUCCGAAAUCAUCCUCACGUUUCAGUCCCAGCUCUCUGGCGUUAUGGAGACCGUUUUUAAGGCGGCUAUAUUUGAGAUCACCAGGCUGGUGGAGGACAGCUUUCUGGAAGAAGUGUCUCGGAGCCGUGAACAGGUUGAGUCUUUGAAAAAGAGACUUCAGUGGUCUGAGUCGAGGCGCAGAGACCAAGAGGAGGGCAGAAGACUGAAGUGUGCAGACUGUGGCAAAGCCAGGCUGUCCGAUGGUGAAGGGAAGCAGGGGAAAGCCUCAGUGACCCAAACAGGUGUGGAAAGUGCACGAAACCUUAAACAGGAGAGAGGUACGGAUGAAAGUUGGAAGAGCUGUGGAAUUGAGAAGAAGGAUGAACUUUCUAGACUGGUGGAAUCAGAGAAAGUACCCAGUCCAGUUAAAUCUACAGAGAACGCAGCUGAGGAGGGAGGAAAGCUGAACUGCAUGCUUAAAGCAGAGGCUGUUCAUACUGCUGCUGGUUCUGAGCCACAGGAUGAGUGGAGGCUGAGCACUGAAGUAGAAGGUUCUGACAAUUCUGCUCAUAGUAAGACCUACAGUGAGCAAGAGUUGCAGCAGAUUCAGGAUGCCUGGAGCUCAGGCUUGAAUCAAGCAACUGACCCUGAACCAGAGGCAGACAACAUCCAGGGUCUGCCAUAUAGAACUCACUACAACAUGGAUGACUUGGGAUCAGCAAGCUACAGCAGCCAGGAGCUGAACAUGGGAGACCUGAAUGGACUAACGGGGUCGCCUCAGAGAACUGGAGAGAUGCUGGGAUUUGGUGCACUGUCAGGUUCUUUGCAGACUGACCUGAGUUCAUCUUUGGAAUGUGGGAGACGUAUUAGAAAUAAGAGAGGAAACAAAGGCUCGUUGUCUUUACACAAUACUCCAGAUACAGGUGAUCUGAACUGUUUGCUUAUUAAUGAAGAGGGAUACUUGCAGGACAUUAAUUCUCUUCCUCAGGCUCCAGUCGGACUUGUAGUUGACCCUGGCCAUCGGGGACAUUCCAUGUACAGCAGAGAGACAGUUAAUGACAGCAGUAAUUUUUACAGUGGAGAUGCAUUUAGCCACUCGGUGGACCUAAACCACACUGAACCUGUGGAAAUGGUGGGAGAUGGAGACAAAAGGCCUCACAGUUGUUCUCAGUGUAUGAUCAGUUUUCCAGACCAGGUUUCUUUAAAGUCCCACAUGCUAACUCACAGAGCCAGUAUGUCACCUUCCUACGUCUGCAACCAGUGUGGGAAGAAGUUUACCCAAGCUUGUAACCUGAAGGUCCACCAGCGCAUCCAUCAGCGGGACGGACUGCACCUGUGCAGUCACUGUGGUAAGGGUUAUUCGUCUUUCAGUGACCUGCGGAAGCACCGAUGCAGCCAGGCUGGAGACAAGCCCUACAGCUGCACACUCUGCGGGAACAAGUUCAGUCGGCUGUGGAACCUCAAGCUGCACCGCCGCAUUCACACGCAGGAGAAACCGCACCAGUGCAGCAUGUGUGAGAAAAGCUUCACCCGGGCUGACAUCUUAAAGGUCCACCAGCGCACACACACUGGAGAGAGACCGUAUUGCUGCAGGGUUUGUGGGCUGAGCUUUAAACGCCUCGACCAUCUCCGGUCACACCAGCGCAAACAUGGAUCUGACCUGAACAAUCGCUAGAACUUAAGUUUAUUAGGUACACUUACCUUGUUAUCUACGCUCAUUGGCCAUUUAAUCAGGUAUACUUUAAUACCUUGUAGAUCUAGGUAUACCCUUGUCAUGCAUAAUUUAUGUAUUUUAUUGACCCUGCAAGGGAAAUUUGUCAUUUUGCUUCCUGAGUAUGCCUGGUCUGGAAACAGCACAGCAUGCCCAGCAGAACUCUGCCACUUUUAGUGGGGGUGUUAAGUACAUAGGCUGAGGGCUCAACCAGUUAUACCCAGUCAGUUCUAGGUAUACCUGCAGCCUUCCAUUUGCUGGCUCACCUCUUUUACAGUUAAAGCUACCAGCAACGAUUACCCAUUGUUAGCCACCUUCUAUUCCAUCUACCCCUACCAGAGGGUAACUGGUGACCAGAUACUGUAUUAGACCUUUCUCAGCACAGCAGUGACACUGACAGAGUAGUGGUAUGCACUGCUGCUGCCAUUUUCAAACACUGUGUAUGUAUCCUGGCUCCUUUUAUCAGACACACGUCAUUAUAGUUUUUGUUGGUCAGCUGAAGCAAGGGUGUUCAAUCCUGGUCCUGGUCCUGGAGAUCUACUACCAUGGAGAGUUCCAAUCCAACACACCCGAUUCUACCAUUCAGAUGCUUCUGAAGGCCUUGAUUACCUGGAUCAGGUGUGUUAGAUUAGGGUUGGAGGUAAACUCUGCAGGGUGGUAGACCUCCAGCACCAGGGUUGGGCCCCCGUGAGUUAUAGAAUAUACAGUCAGUAACUGUGAAUCUACAUCUGAUAAAAUGGCCAGUGAGACUUAUGGAAGGUAGGUGUACAUAAUAAAGUAAUAACUCAGAGUAAGUUUUGUAUUUGCUUUCAGAUAGACCAUGAAAUGUAAUUGGGCUGUAAUGCAUUACGAGUGUGACCACCGCAUAUCUGUAAAGCUUGUAACAGAAAAAAAGGGCAGUCGAUAAAACGAGCAAGUCUGAAAACAGCCCAAGAAUUUUAUUUAUCUGCCAAAAUUGUGGUCCUAUGUAUCGAGUGUUAUUACAGUAAAUUAUAGUUGAUCAUAAACUUGCAGUAUCAACGCAUUUUAAUUGCUAUACUCGAGUCUUCACAAUGCAGCGAUGCAUUUUUACACCCCUUUCAGGAUCUGUUCUCUACUAGUUUACAUUAGUUGGUUUUACUUUCCAGUGAAACAUUGUCAUUUAUUAUUUAACAACCUGUCAACGUUUUGGAAAAUGUCAUUUCAGGUUAGUUUGCAUCAUGGUUAAAGAAACUGUGUGGUAGUCAGGUUUUCUGUUGGUACUUAGUGAUACUGCAGUGCCUUUGUAAUUGUUUUACUGACUGGGAUUAUCAUCUCCCUUAUUUAUUAAUGUUUGAAUUAUGAUUUUUUUUUAAUUGCAUUUCUUUCAGUUCAUUAUAGUCACUCGUAGCUAAAAUGUGUUUAUAUAAAACAACAUCCAGGCUUUUUGUGUUGGUUUGUUUGAGUUGUGGUUGUGGAUGAAAGUUGAUAUUUGUACUGGAUGCUGAAUAAAACAAUUUACCUUUAAGAAAGAAAAAAAAAGUCAGUUUCUGUGGAGCAACAAUUUUAUUAUUAUUUUAUAACAUUAUGAAGAAGGUAAUGUUCAAACUAAAACUGUAAGAUGUAUAUAUCCUUUUAAUAAAGCCAAACAUGAACACUUGAA